CAGUAGUAUAGCCACCUUGACUGUGACUGUGUGCUAUCUUCUUUAUUAAUGCAAUGAAUUUGGCACAUUAAGGGUAAUAUCGGUGAAAGGUAAAUGUAGUUUCUAUUCGGCUACAGUGCGUUUCGAGACCCGGGAAAAGUCACGCCUGAAUACAGUGGCAGAGAGAUAAUCUGUGUUUGAGAGAAAGUGCAAGAGAGAGAGAGAGAGAGUGAGAAGCACGCCUGAAAUUCCACAAGAAAUUUGCCCCCUAGGGUGAAAAAGAGGCGUGCUUGUGUGUUUGGGGUACAGUGACACUCCGAGGCACCUUGGUAACCAGUGAUCUCUGAGAGGACCAAUAAAUCUAACCUUUUUUCGUAGCUCUUUCCGAACUAAAAAAUCCGCAACAGACACAUUGUAGGGUGUGAGCCUCUAUCUCUUUACCGUGUGGGCCGCCACGCACCCUGAAGGGGUUAAUGUGAAACGGGCGUUAACCGAGCACUCGGAAGUUCUUCUCAUCUUUCAGGUGGGUCGACCCUAAUGUGAAGACAACGCAGCUCAACAAUUCAAAGCAAAGAAAGAAAGCCCUCCAACGCUGUUGAAGGCUGGAACAGGACACAGGAUCAUUGAAGUCCAAGAAUACUGCUGCAGUGAUGCCAUCCAAUAAGCAUUCCAUCAUGGUGGAGAGCAAGAUGUCUGCGACAGCCGUGGUUAACGGAGACACACCCCCUGCUGAGGGCUUAUUAGAGAACGACAGCGGUGUGGAGAUGACCAAUGAGAACAGCCCGCUCACUGCUGCAGAACCGCCGCCCUCCCCCUUCAGUCCCAAGCAGAAUGGAGAUGCUGCUUCACCUGCAGACACAGAUAUGAACCAAUCAUCUGGCAGCAGGAAAAGAAGCAGGAAGAGAUCGGAGGAGAGCACCUGGGAAAGUGCUUACAGCGAGUCUCUGCAGGAGAAGUGUGGAGGGGAAAGGACAGAAGAGUGUGAGUCAGGGCUAAGGGAGAGGCCUCGUCCCCGGACCAUCUUCCAGGUGGGCCUGGCCCCUCACAGCAAGCCCCGCCACAGAGACAGACCACGGCAGGCCAAGCAGGACUACAGCAGGCCCCUGCAGAGCCUGCCAGGCGCCCCCCCGCCCCCCCCCCUGGUCCCAGAGGUGCCCUCUCCAGAGGUGCUGGAGCAGGACUCCAAGGACUCGGCCCAGAGCUCCUCCACCUCCCUCACCUCCUCCUCAGACACCUCCUGCCAGGCGGAGUACAAGGACAACAAGGGUUUCGGGGUGGGGGAGCUGGUUUGGGGUAAGAUCAAGGGCUUCUCCUGGUGGCCGGGCAUGGUGGUGACCUGGAGGGCUACAGGGAAGCGCCGGGCCACCCACGGCAUGCGCUGGCUACAGUGGUUUGGAGACGGCAAGUUCUCAGAGGUGUCGGCCGACAAGCUGGAUUCCAUCACGGCCUUCUCCAAGUUCUUUAACCAGGCAUCCUACACCAAGCUGGCUUCCUACCGCAGGGCCAUCUUCCAGGCACUCAGGAUGGCGAGCGUGCGGGCGGAGCAGACCUUCCCCCACUGUGAGUCGGAGGGAGCCGAGGAGCAGGUCAAGCCCAUGCUGGACUGGGCCAAGGGCGGCUUCCUUCCCAAGGGCCAGGAGGGACUCAAACCCACACACAACCCUGAGUCCAGUCCGUUGACCCAGCAGGUGUUGGACGUCAGUCUGCCUGAGUACUGCCCCCCCGCCAAGAAGCCUCGAGCCAGCUUCACCAAGCCCAACCCAGAGGAGGUCUACAGCAGAGAACUAAUGGUGCAUGAAGUUUUGAAGAAUAAACGAAGUAUUGAAGAGUUUUGCCUGUCAUGCGGGAAGACGAGAGUGGCAACUUUCCACCCGCUGUUUGAAGGAGGCCUCUGCCAAGCAUGCAAGGAUGUGUAUCUGGAGAUCUCCUACAUGUAUGAUGAUGAUGGUUACCAGUCCUACUGCACAGUGUGCUGUGGAGGCCGUGAGGUUCUACUCUGUGGGAAUGCCAACUGCUGCAGGUGUUUCUGUGUGGACUGUCUGGACAUCCUGGUGGGCGCGGGAGCGUCUGCCAGCGCCCGGGACCUGGACCCGUGGCGCUGCUUCAUGUGCCAGCCCCAGCAGGCUUACGGCACGCUCACACGCCGCCACGACUGGUGCCUCAAGCUGCAGGAGUUCUUCGUCAACGACAAAGGCCAGGAGUUUGAGAGCCCAAAGAUCUACCCAGCAGUCCCAGCAGAACAGAGACGACCAAUCAGAGUUCUCUCACUCUUCGACGGCAUUGCGACCGGCUACCUGGUUCUGAGGGACCUGGGUUUCAAGGUGGACCAGUACAUUGCGUCCGAGGUGUGUGAGGACUCUAUCUCGGUGGGCGUGGUCCGACAUGAAGGAAAGAUCCAGUACGUUCAUGACGUCAGGAACAUCACCAAGAAGAAUAUUGAGGAGUGGGGUCCCUUUGACCUGGUGAUUGGAGGAAGUCCCUGUAACGAUCUGUCAAUCGUCAACCCGGCCAGGAAGGGCCUGUAUGAGGGGACUGGGCGCUUGUUCUUUGAGUUCUACCGUCUGCUGAGUGAGGCCAGGCCCAAGGAGGGCGAGGAGCGCCCCUUCUUCUGGAUGUUCGAGAACGUGGUUGCCAUGGGCGUCAACGACAAGAGGGACAUCUCGCGUUUCCUCGAGUGCAAUCCUGUGAUGAUCGAUGCCAUAGAAGUUUCUGCAGCUCACCGGGCUCGCUACUUCUGGGGCAAUCUCCCAGGCAUGAACAGGCCCCUGUGUGCAUCUGGGAUGGACAAGCUGGAGCUGCAGGACUGUCUGGAACACGGACGGGUUGCCAAGUUUGGGAAGGUGCGCACCAUCACCACACGCUCCAACUCCAUCAAGCAGGGCAAGGACCAGCACUUCCCCGUCAUGAUGAACGGCAAGGAAGACAUCCUCUGGUGCACCGAGCUGGAGAGGAUCUUUGGGUUCCCGGUCCACUACACAGACGUGUCCAACAUGGGCCGCGGGGCCAGGCAGAAGCUGCUGGGCCGCUCCUGGAGCGUGCCCGUCAUACGACACCUCUUCGCCCCUCUCAAGGACUACUAUGCCUGCGAGUAGAGACCACCCCCCCAAACACCCCCUCAGACCCCCCCCCCCCCUCUCUCUCUCUGUCCCUCCCCAACAGCUGAGUCAGCUGAGUACCCUUAAGGCCACGGAGGGGUCAGAGGUCGGUUAGUCUAGCUGCCUUCCAUGAUGGGGGGGCUUGUUCGUGCAGCUAAAGCUGGGGGUCUCAGAUCUAGACCCUCCUGGUAAUACCUUGUACCUCCCAGGAGUCACACAGAACAGAGAAUGUUCUCAGACUGAAACACUGACAGCCAGACUGUCGUUUUAGAAUGGUCUUUCUAUCUUUAUGACCGUUUUAGGACAGCCGAUUAAUGUUCUUGAUGUCUAAGCAAAAGAGACUGAGAGUGAGAGUAAUUCAAUGUUAACUAAUACUUGAAUUUAUUGCAGUGCAAAGUCCCCCAAAAAUAUGUGAGUGAGUCUAACUAAGAAGUUGAUGUUGACAAGAUGGCAAAAAGUUGAAUGUCACUGCCUAUACCUGAUGUGUCUUAAAAACAGUUGAAAACAGUUACCAGUAAGACUGUAGUAGAGAUUUUAGCUAAAGGGACUGUGUAUUAUGCUAAUGUUGUACACCAGGUUAAUUCCUUUGAUUUGCUGUCAUACCCAAAGUGGGCUGCUGAUAGUUUUUCUGUCAGAUACUUCCAUGUUUCUCUUGAAUCUCCCUGGAGUUACAGUACCAGUCAAAAGUUUGGACACAUGUGUCCAAACUUUUGACUAGUACUGUACAUACAGACAUAACUAGCAUUUCCUUGGACUCUUCCAUUGGUUCCAUUGCGCUUGGCAUAAUCAAACCAGUAUGGAAGUAUUUGAGUUUUGCCAAAUCAAUAGUCAAUACUAUCAAAACACUAUUUGGCCCAAAAUUGCAUUUUUAACUGUAUACCUUAACAAAGCCAAGGAACUGAUCACUAGACUACUCGUAAAGAGUGAUUGUAGUUCCUGUUAUGUGUACUGUAUUUGUGAUCAUGUUUACAGGUUUGGUGAUUUCUCUCCUCGCCAAAGGAAACACAAUGAGUGACUUGUGAACAUCUCUUGUGCCUGUGUGUAAAACAGGUGCUAUAGUUAUUUUAGUUCAAAAGUAGCUUUUAGCCAUGCUAAGCAUAGGUAAUGGAAGGGUUAAGAAAAUACAUCCGCCCAUCUGACUUCAUUGCAAUUUGUUGACCAUAUGUUUGGUUGAGACCUUGAAAAUUAACAUUGCAGUGUGCAGGUAUUUUCUUCUUUUUUUUCUGUAGUCAUUUUACUUGCGUGGUUAAAUGCAAAGAUGACGUCCAGAUCUUUUGUUUCUGUGGCUGUAAAGAUGGAUAUAACCUAGUAUUGUAACGUGGGAGGUCACACUAAGAAUUCACCCAUAGUUUGCAGUCACAAUGUUGUUGUUUUUUAGAUUGAAGUAAAGCACACACUUUGCUUUGUAACUCUCGGUAGUACUUUGGAAUAUCCUCUUAGAUCGUUUCACAUGCCUCACACCAUUAUACGUAGUGACAGGUACAGUGGUAGGCCUGCCUCUGCAUUUUGACUGGAUAUGCAGCGGAGUGCAGGUGCCACUAGCAGGCGCCACCAUGAUAACUGAUGUACAUGACCAACAUUGGAACAGAGUUAAGAGAGCUUGUUGCAGUGCAUAAGCUCCCACUAUGGACAUCGUAUAUAGCUGAGGAUUCAACUCUGCUUCGGUCAUGUAAAGUGUUUAUUUUCCAUUUGUUUUAUUCCGUAUGUGUAUUGAAAAGACUGCACACAUUUAACUGAUUAUGUUUCUCAACAAUGGAGACCUGCCAAAAUGUUUAUAUAUAUAUAUGGUUGUAGACCUAUGAUAAUGGACAAAAUAUGUGAAAAAUCCCUUCCUUUGCUUGACACCUAAUUACAGAUAUAACAUGGUGUAGGGAAAACAGGUUGUUCUCUGAAGUCAUACACACCUGUGCCCAGUUUAGUCGGGUCAGGCGUGGCAUUCCUUGAGAGGAAGCUAGAAGUGAGUUUUAGGGUCAGGGGAAGAUGCCGCUUCAGAGAGUCUGAACAAGGACCUAGAGAACAAGGACCUAGAGAACAAGGACCUAGAGAGCUCACUCAGUUCAACACUGGCUGGCGGUCUGCCAGACGAAAACAACACUUGAUUUUAAAACCAAUGGUAUUCUUUUUUCCAAGAUACCAAAAGAUUUGAGUAUCGUUGACAACCUGUACUACAACUGCUGUAACGUUGGCAGUGUCGAGCUUGAAAAGAAAGAUCAUGAGAUGUUUCUCUUGACUUUUGACAACUACCCUUUUUUUACCCUUCUACUCGGUUCUGCUCACCAGCAAAACUAGUUGCACAGUUAGUGCUUAAUAAUUUUGUGAUGUUUUUAAUCUUUUUAAUCACUAGUUGUUUUUCUAUGUUGUUUUUAGACGUAAAUUUAAACAGUAUGUAUAUGGUUUGUGUUUACUGAAAAGAAACCUUCUACAGUUCAAAUGUUUCUGUUAUUGCUCAUGUUUUGUUUUUAUAUGACUUUUUACUAGAUAUUAGAAGUACAUGUCAGAGUCUGCUAUUUUAAUACUUCUGAUAACAAUUUGGAAAUACAGUGAAAAGGUAUAUUUGUGUACCCUAUUUGACUUUAUAUAAUUUUUACUCAAUAAAAAUGCUUUAUACCGAUGAACCUCUUA